ACUAUGCUGCGUGUGUGCGGUGCAGCAGACCUGUGCGCUUCAGAGACGGGGAAGGGCGAUCGCAAGCGGUUACUGAACGACAUCAAACUUUAAAAGGGCUUUAUCCUGUUCAGAUCUGGAAGAUCGCUCUCAUCGACGCUGCAGGGCGAUUCUCACAGAUCAGCCCGGUUUGAGGUGUUCCGAGUGUGCACGGGUUCAGUCCAAAGCGAUGGUUGAAUCCUGCGUCCAGACAGAUGCAGCUAAAGCCACAAUAGCUAGCAACGCCAGAACGGAGAUGUUGUGUUUUGUGUUUAAUCUCUGGUGAACUCUUGAUCUUAAUCGUUUAAAAAAAAAAUUUGGAAGAUUUGCAAGUCUUGAGGAACCUCGUUCUGUCGCUUUGAAUUCUUGGACAACCGAUUCGACACAACGAGGACGGUGUGCGUUUCGGGCGUCUUUGCAUUUUUUGUUGUUGUCCGUUUAUACUAUCGCUGCAAAGAGAUCUAUCAAUUCAGCACAUACAUCCGACGGGAGCGAGUAAGGUGGUGUGCUGUGAACGCAUAUCUCAUCAUCUCUGUGAGUGAAUUUAUUAUUUUAUCUCAAAACCAGGAUUUCUGGAACAAGGUGAAAAUUAAUUCAGAAUUCCAAAACUGAGCAGAAGAAAUAAAUCCGAUUUUUGAUUGCGAGAUCAGAUGCUGAGCGCCGUUUCAGAUGUAAAGCGUUGUUUGUACACUCCAUUUGAAUCUGAUCGACGUUCUGUGGUAUCUUUUUUUGGUUUUUUGGUGAAAGGGGGUAAAGAUAACUUUUGGUUUCCGUAACUGAGACUCCUGAAAGCCGAAAUCCUCCUGGUUCAAAUAUUUACUUAACCUCAGCCAGGGACCGCUUUGUUCCAGUCGGUGCCUUUGGGAGGGGUUCAGGAACAAUUCAACUCACAUCUUGGAUUAUUACGGCAUUUCCUCGGAAAAAGGGGUACAUUUCUGAAGAUGUAUCCUCAGGGUCGACACCCGGCACCCCAUCAGCCUGGUCAGCCAGGUUUUAAAUUCACUGUUGCGGAAUCGUGCGACAGGAUUAAAGACGAGUUUCAGUUUCUGCAAGCCCAGUAUCACAGUCUGAAGGUGGAGUAUGAUAAGCUGGCUAAUGAGAAGACAGAAAUGCAGCGUCACUAUGUUAUGUACUAUGAAAUGUCUUACGGACUGAAUAUUGAAAUGCACAAACAGACUGAGAUUGCAAAAAGACUCAAUGCAAUUUUGGCUCAAAUCAUGCCUUUUCUGUCACAAGAGCACCAACAGCAGGUUGCACAGGCUGUUGAGCGUGCCAAGCAGGUGACCAUGACCGAGCUGAAUGCCAUCAUCGGGGUACGUGGACUUCCCAAUCUGCCUCUCACCCAGCAGCAGCUCCAGGCACAGCACCUCUCGCACGCGGCUCAUGGGCCCCCCAUCCAGAUGCCCCCCCACCCCUCGGGUCUCCAGCCUCCUGGCAUCCCCUCGGUCCCGGGUUCGGGCGCCGGCCUGCUCGCCCUGGGAGCUCUCGGCAGCCAGGCCCACCUGCCGGUCAAGGACGAGAAGAACCACCACGAGUUGGACCACAGAGGUCAAUCAUCCUUUCACCUGCCACUCGCGAUCCCAUUGGUAAAAGAGAGAGAAUCCAGUACGAAUAAUUCGGUGUCCCCGUCGGACAGCCUGCGCGCUGCGAGUGAGAAACACCGCGGCUCCUCGGACUACAGCAUCGACUCCAAGAAGAGGAAAGUGGAGGAGAAGGACAGCAUGAGCAGAUAUGACAGUGAUGGCGACAAGAGUGAUGACUUGGUGGUUGAUGUCUCCAAUGAGGAUCCAGCCACCCCCCGCGUCAGCCCUGCCCACUCGCCGCCGGAGAACGGUCUGGACAAAUCGCGGACGAUGAGCAAGAAGGAAGGUCCCAACAGCCCCGCCUCCGUCGCUUCCUCCAGCAGCACGCCUUCCUCCAAAACCAAAGACCUGGUCCAUAAUGACAAGUCUUCAACCCCUGGUUUGAAGUCCAACACACCAACUCCGCGAAACGACGCCCCCACCCCGGGCACUAGCUCCACCCCGGGACUGCGGCCGCUGCCAGGGAAGAUGCCUGGCAUGGAGUCACUAGCUCCAGCAUUACGGACUCCCCUCUCCAUCGCCGGUCCCUAUGCCAGCCCCUUCGCCAUGAUGGGACACCAUGAGAUGAACGGCUCCCUGACGAGCCCGGGGGUGUACGCUGGGCUCCAUAACAUCUCCCCACAGAUGAGCGCCGCCGCUGCAGCUGCAGCUGCCUACGGCCGCCCCAUGGGUGGCUUUGACCCACACAGUCACAUGAGACCGGGACUCCCUGCCAGCCUCUCUUCCAUCUCUGGAGGAAAACCAGCGUACUCGUUCCACGUGAGUGCGGACGGGCAGAUGCAGCCGGUGCCCUUUCCCCCGGACGCUCUCAUUGGCCCCGGCAUCCCGCGCCACGCCCGGCAGAUCAACACGCUGAGCCACGGCGAGGUGGUGUGCGCCGUCACCAUCAGCAACCCAACGCGCCAUGUCUACACCGGCGGCAAGGGCUGCGUCAAGAUCUGGGACAUCAGCCAGCCGGGUAGCAAGAGCCCCAUCUCCCAGCUCGACUGCCUGAACCGUGAUAACUACAUCCGCUCGUGUAAGCUGCUGCCGGACGGGCGGACGUUGAUCGUCGGUGGGGAGGCGAGCACGCUGACUAUCUGGGACCUGGCAUCUCCGACCCCACGCAUCAAGGCUGAGCUGACCUCCUCCGCCCCUGCCUGCUAUGCUCUGGCUAUCAGCCCCGACGCCAAGGUGUGCUUCUCCUGCUGCAGCGAUGGCAACAUCGCAGUGUGGGACCUGCACAACCAGACCCUGGUCAGGCAGUUCCAGGGACACACAGAUGGCGCGAGCUGUAUUGAUAUUUCUCACGACGGCACAAAGCUCUGGACAGGUGGCCUGGACAAUACAGUUCGCUCCUGGGACCUGCGAGAGGGUCGACAGCUGCAGCAGCAUGACUUCACCUCGCAGAUCUUCUCUCUGGGUUACUGCCCGACUGGAGAGUGGCUGGCUGUGGGAAUGGAGAGCAGCAACGUGGAGGUCCUGCACCACACCAAACCAGACAAAUAUCAGCUCCACCUGCAUGAGAGCUGCGUGCUGUCCCUCAAAUUCGCCUACUGUGGUAAAUGGUUUGUCAGCACUGGCAAAGACAACCUUCUCAACGCAUGGAGGACCCCUUACGGGGCCAGCAUAUUCCAGUCUAAGGAAUCAUCGUCCGUCUUAAGUUGCGACAUUUCAGCUGACGACAAGUACAUCGUAACAGGCUCUGGUGACAAGAAGGCAACAGUUUAUGAAGUGAUCUACUAAACUGAAGGUGAAGGACCUUGCAGAGACUUGUCCACCUGUGGCUUGAGGGGGGGUGGCCCCUCCCCUUUAACACCAAAUGGAAUGUUUAGUGGGGCGGACUGUGACACGCAGAGACGUGGCCCCAGGACUUGCUUUUUUGUGGCUAUCUCUGGAUCGUUCUGGUGUCUUUCCUGGCUAUGGACUACACAGGGUUGUUCAUGCUCUCUAAGAGUUUUUUUUGGAGGGUCUGGAUGGAGCCCCCUGCACAGCAGCUCAUUUGCCAGUUACUGACCCGAGUUCCUACUCCACAGUACGAGUAAAUAUCGUCUGUCUUGGGAUUGUUGAAUAUUUUUUACGGGAGGAAAUUUCCUUAAUGUGACCGUGGAGCAGAGCUUCAUGUUUGACACUUGGCCGUGCUCCUAGAAGACCUGUGAAAAGUGUAAAUAAUGGAGUAAUAAAACAGAAACGUGUUUAUAUAUUUACCUGUCAUGGUACACUAGUGGUGUGUGUGGUUUUUUUUUUUUUUUGUGUCUGCUGUACUUUGGUAUUCACUGGUGACGGAUGGUGGAGGCUGUUUCGUUUGUUCUGCUAAGGCUGAAGUUCUGAAACCUUGUUCUUUUAUCUGUUUUGUACUGGAGCUGAAGGAAGCGGUAAAGAUGUGCUUGUUUCAGACACAACAUGGAUCCCCUUUGACACUGAAUAGUCUCAGCUGAGCACCUCCCUGCUUUUGUGAAGCAGCAUUGAAGGAAAGGAUACUGAAUUUGGCUCAGGAAGCUAAUAUGUGAAAAUAAAAAAACGAAUUACACUUUUUUUAUUUUUUAUUUUUUGAUAUUGUCAUGAACUGUGGUUUAACAACCUAGGCUUGUUAUACGCUUACUAACAAAGUGUUUUUCUUUCAUUGAAGAUAUUCUAAACAACAAAACUAACACACAAACUCCAGUCACACUUUGUUUUGCUGGGUUCAGUUUGAAGCUUCUGUCUACCUUUUUAUUUUUCUUUUGAAUUGUUUUUUGUUUUCUGCCAGAAUUGCCUCAAUUUCAAGUUUUACACUGUGCUUUUAAUUAAUAAAAAAUCCUGUUUCAAUGAUCACAUUGUCCUAGUAUGGACACGCCCAAGGUGAGAUGUCCUGGAGUUAUCUGCAGAGUCUGGAGGGGUUGUGCAGACGGGUUAAAGCAUGCGGUCACUUGCACUGAACUCUGGGCAGUUUGCUGUGACAAACCUAUUGUAGGGCUCAGGAGAUGGAUCUGAUUCCGAUAUCCGUGCUGGAGUUUAUCUGCGGAGGUGUUGAUUAGAAGUUCCGUUGAUGAACAGCAAUGCCCUCCUCGCCAUGGCUUGAAUGGGACAGCUAGACUAGCUGUGCAGUCCAAAGGAAGUGCAUUGGCUUCUGUGCACUCAAAUGUAUAGAAAUCAAGUCCCUCUACAAAAACCCAACAAAUCCUUCAUUUCCUCAACAGGAAACACAUUUUUUUUGUGCUUAAGUGUUUUGUGUUGGUUUGAAUGACAGUUAGUGAUUUUUUUUUUUUUUAAAUAUAUAUAAAUAAGACAAAAAGUUGGCAAUUUCGAAGUUUUAAAAUUACAUUUUUAAAUCUAACUUUUUUUUUUUUUAAUUGCCUGUUUUGUUUAAAUAAAUUCAAAGGCGGGGGGGGGGGGGGGGGGGUGUGUUAUACUGAUAGUCUUACUGUCUCAAACUUACACCAAAGUAUGUAGCAAACUUUGUGAUCAUUGAAGGUUAUGUACAGUUGUUAAUAAUUCAAUAAACUGUUUUUGUAAAAAUGCAA